GAGAGAGAAGAGAGAGGAGAGAGAGAGGGAGUGAGCACAAGUUCAAAUCAAACAGAGAACCGCUAAGAACGUUCCGGCCGACCCGGGACAGCCCGUCGUCCGUUAGCCUCCUAGCAUGAACCCUACUAGCAUGAAACCGACGCUAGCAGGAAACCGCCGCGGCCUAGCACAGCGUUUGCCGAGCUCCGACCGCCGUCACCCAAAAACCUCAAACGCAACAUCAACAACAAGAUUAUGAAGAUUUGACAUAUCUGGGAGGAGGGACCGGACUUCCCAAAGCCAGGAUUAGGGGCUUUUUUCCGUCGCCUCUCCUUGCUGGCGUGCUGGCCGGGAGCAUGAGGUUGGAGCGUGGGUGGCGGGCUUCGCUCGCGCUCACGCUCAACGUGGUGGCGUUCUCCUUCGCCGUACUGGCCGUGACCACCAGCUACUGGUGCGAGGGCACCCGGAAGGUGGUGAAGCCUUUCUGCACGGGCCCGCCGCUGAAGGUCAAGCAGUGGUUCUGCAUCCGCUUCAACAGCUCCAACCUCAACGACAGCCGGCUGGUGCAGUACAUCUGGGAGACGGGCGAGGAGAAGUUCCUCAUGAGGAGGUUCCACACCGGCAUCUUCUUCUCCUGCGAGCAAGCCGCCGACAUGAACGGGUUCGACUGCAGGGACUUCUCGGAAAUCGCCCCUGCACACGAACGAGGGGUCCUCUGGCUGUGCAUCGUGGCGGAGAGCUUCUACCUGGCCCUGCUGUUUGCCGGGGGGGCCCUCAUGAUCCUGGAGCAGUGCCCCUGCUUCAGCGUCAUGAACAAGCUCAAGCUCAACGCCUUCGCCGCCAUGUGCACCGCGCUGUCCGGGCUCUGUGGGAUGGUGGCACACAUGAUGUUCACCACCAUCUUCCAGCUGGCCGUGGCCAUGGGGCCAGAGGACUGGAGACCCAAGUCCUGGGACUACAGCUGGUCCUACGCCCUCGCGUGGAGCUCCUUCGGCACCUGCAUGGGCUCGGCUGUGACGGCGCUGAACCGCUACACGAAAACCAUCGUGGAGUUCAAGUACAAGCGGCGGAACAUCGAGAAGAGCCUGCACAUCAAGCAGAAGCUCCUGGACCUGGAGCUCCCGGACAACAUGUGGGACGUGUAUCUGACGGCCGGGCCGCCGGGCCAGCCGGGGGCGGAGACCGUGCCGCCCGUCAACGGACACAAGCCCGCCAGUGGGAAGGGCGUGGCAGCAGACGGAGCCGCCAUGGCCGACCGACAAGGAGAGGAGUACUGUUAAGAACAGAAGGGAACGAGGCAACCACACAAACUGGAUCUGAUGUUAAGGGCAAACACGCCGAAGGCUUGAGAUAGGAUUUAUGUCUCCAAUGUUUGACUCAAGCAUGCUUGAUUUCUAGGGGGGGGGGGGGGGGGGGGGGGGGCUCCCAAACCAGCAGAUGUUACUGUGAAUGUCCACAUAGCCAACAGGUUUUAAUCUGAGCUCUGAAGAGGCGCUCUGGAUGCGUUGCACCGCGAUAUUUAAACCAAACCAAGUUGGGUGCUGUAUUUUAGACAAGGGAUGUCAGGUCUUCGUACAGGUGCAUUGACAAAUAAUGACCUUUAUCAUUACGUCUGGGUCUUGUUUUAGUCCCCUGCUGUUUCUGCAGCCAGUCAGCUCCUUCGAUGUUUUCAGGCAACCAAGCGUUCAAAAGCGUGUCAAAAUGUGUUAGCUUGAAGGGUUCUGGAUUCUUAAACUUGAUUGAUAUCACCACUGUCGGGCGAACACCUUGUAUCCAAAUGAUUAGUUCAUUUUUUUUUUUAAAUCAAUUCUAUAGUUUAUGAAUAUUUAACAAAUGAAAAGUAUUAAAAAAAGUUUGUGA